AUGGCCGCGUGGGGCGGCGGGCGGCUCCCGGGGCUGCUGCGCGGCGCGGCCGUGGCGCGGGAGGCUUGGAGCGGGGCCCGGCGCGGGUCCUCCUGCGGGGUCAGGGGCGGCGGGGCCGGGAAGGGGAGCCCCUUGCUGCUGGGGGCCGCCUUCGCCCUGGGCGGCUCCUUGGGCCUCUACCAGACCCUGCGGCAUCGCACCCGAGGCCGGGAGCAGCUGGCGGAGCAGCAGGCCGCCAAGCUCCCAGAAGGCACCCUACAGUUGACCCUGUACCAGUACAAGACCUGCCCCUUCUGCAGUAAGGUGCGGGCCUUCCUCGAUUAUCACGGGCUGCCUUACGAAAUCGUGGAAGUGAAUCCCGUCAUGCGAAAGGAGAUUAAGUUCUCUUCAUACAGAAAGGUGCCCAUUCUUUUGGCCAACCCUGGAAGUGACCUGCAAUUGAAUGACUCUUCGGUGAUUAUCAGUGCCCUUAAAACCUAUCUAAUUUCCAGGAAGAGUUUGGAUGAGAUUAUGUCCUAUUAUCCUUCUAUGAAAGCUCUGAACGAGCGGGGAAAAGAAGUGACGGAGUACUGCAAUAAAUACUGGCUCAUGUUGGAUGAGAAGGAAAUGAUGUACCUUUACCCCAUCAAAGCCGCGAGGACGGAGGAAAUGAAAUGGAGGAAAUGGGUGGAUGACUGGCUGGUGCACCUUAUCUCACCCAAUGUUUAUCGUACGCCUGGGGAGGCCCUGGCCUCUUUCGAUUACAUUGUCCGUGAAGGCAAGUUUGGUGCGCUAGAGGGCUUCUUUGCCAAAUACGUGGGGGCCGCUGCCAUGUUCUUCAUUAGCAAGAGGCUGAAGAGCAGGCACCAUCUGCAGGACGAUGUCAGAGAAGAUCUGUACAAAGCAGCCAAUGACUGGGUGAAAGCUGUCGGAAAUCAGCGAAUGUUCAUGGGGGGAUCCCAGCCAAAUCUUGCUGAUUUGGCUGUGUACGGAGUCCUGCGAGUCAUGGAGGGACUGGAAGCGUUUGAUGACAUGAUGACUCACACCAAGAUUCAGCCUUGGUACCGUCAUAUGGAGGCAGCCAUUGGACACGCCAGAGCCACUAAUUAA